AUGAGGAUAAAUAUUGAGAAAAGGGGGCUACUACCGGAGAGUCAGGCUGGAUUUAGGAGAGAAAGGGGGACGAUGGAUAAUAUCUACGUACUGAACUAUCUGAUCAAUAGAGACAUUGCUAAAAAGAAAGAUGAUGACUUAAUAGAUGAGAAUAGGCCUCGUGAUGGUCGUCGAGGACCAAAACGACCACGAACUAUAUUAACAUCAGCACAACGACGUCAGUUUAAGGCUUCAUUCGAGCUAUCUCCAAAACCAUGUAGAAAAGUCCGGGAAGCUCUUGCUAAAGACACAGGUCUCAGUGUUCGAGUGGUUCAAGUCUGGUUCCAAAAUCAGCGAGCUAAAAUGAAAAAACUUCAAAGAAAAACAAAACCCGAUUCUGGCAUUGACAAAGAAUCCAAAGAAGAUCGCAGAACAGAUAGUCCACACAGUGAUCAUAGCCAUUAUUUAAACGCAUUAUCUAUGCGUGACGGAGAAUCAUCGAGUUUCUCAACAGCAACUCAACCACUCAAUCCAAAUAAUCCAUAUUCUCCAGAUGAUACUUAUCCAGGAAACUCAGGAGAAAGCUUUUGCAGCAGUGAUAUAUCUCUGGAUGGUACAGAAGCUGGAUUUGAUAUUGGAGAAAAUGAAAACACUGCCCACGAUAACAGUCAUCAAAUUUCCACUCACACGCACCAUACAGGAACAGCCCAUGAAACCGCUUCUCUAUCUCAAAGCUUGCAUGCAGCAAUGCAUAAUCCUAUUGAUAAACUUUUCAUGAUGCAAAGUAGCUAUUUUAGCAGUGAACACUUAUAAUAAUUUAUCGAUCAAAGUACAGAGUAUUGUAUUAUUUUGACUUCUAUAAAUUCCUAUCACGUAGAUCGAAUAAAAUUUUCUAAUUAA